AUGUUUCUGCUGUAUUUAUAUCACACCCUAACUAGCAUAGGAUCCAACGACGGAACCAUUCCUUUGCGUGUUCAAAUUAGUGGAGUCAUGGGCUCUACUUCUCUCGCAUGUUGGAUCGUACUUUUAAUGCCACAACUCAUUGAACAAUGGAGGUUAAAAUCGGCUGAGGGGAUAGCAAUAGGGUUCAUAAGCAUUUGGUUCAUGGGGGAUGUUUUCAAUUUAAUAGGGGCUGUUUGGGCCGGGUUGUUACCGGAAGUCAUUUUUCUUGCCAUUUGGUUUUGCAUUGCCGAUUUCAUGAUGAUAUUUUCAUAUUUUUAUUAUACUCAUAUCUAUAAAAGACAUCAUCAUCAUCGUCAUGGUAAUAAACGUUCCAGAUCAAGAAGCUCAUCAAGAAGGAGAAGAAGAACAAGUGGUAGCUUAGAACAUGGAAGUCAUAGUGAUGGUGAUGAAGGAAUCGUAAAUGAAGAAAGGCCAUUAUUGAGAAGAAGACGUAGUUCUACAUUAACUGAUAUCGCUCUUGAACCUCAAUAUCAUUCAAUAUUUGUUAAAUACAUAUUACCAAUUUUAUUUGUUGUUGCUGCCGGAGUAGUUGGAUUCUUUUUAGGAGGUGCCAAUAUGGGAGAUGAAAAUGAUUCACCCGGUAGUGGUGAUGAUGGAGCCAUUGCUUUAGGUCCACAAAUCAUGGGAUAUUGUAGUGCACUUCUAUAUCUUGGUGCUAGAAUACCCCAAAUCAUUCAGAAUUAUCAUAGAAAGAGUGUCCAUGGAUUAAGUUUAUUAUUCUUUUUGUUUUCAACAUUAGGUAAUUUAACAUAUGCUGGACAGAUAUUAUUUUAUAGAUCAGAUUCAAAAUAUAUUUUAUUGAAUUUAAGUUGGUUAUUAGGUUCAUUAGGUACAAUCUUUGAAGAUAGUUUUAUCUUUUUACAAUUUUAUAUAUAUCGUGAAAAUCAUCAUCAAGAAACAAUUGUUGAUUGA